GUCUGUUUCCUGCAAUAGAAAGUGAGAGAGAAGGUGAAGAGAGGAAAAAAACAGAUCUUACGCCGCUGUUAACGCGUGUUGCUUCAGAAAUCUCUUACAAUAACAAAGACUGCACUUAUGAAUUUAGAGGGUGGCGCUGACUGUGCGCAUUUGCACCCGGUUCAUCACAAGCUUCUCCUGCAGUAGACAACUCCAGAAGAUGUGCCAGUGAACAGGACCAUCAACAUGCCGCGUACUAAACAGAACCACCCCAAAAACCUCAAAGAUAAGAUAGAAGAAGCACAGAAAGAACUCAAAGAUCCCAAGGCAUCACAGAAAGGGUUCAACGAGAGCAGUCGAAGAAGUGCCGACAGCAUCAAGGGGCUGAAGAGGAAAAAGGUUGUGGGAGAGAAUCAGCUGAAGAAAAUCCCCAAGUCUCCCGUCAAGAAGCCCCCACAGGCCAAGACCUCCGAGGCCCAGGGGCCGUCUUCCACAACCCCCUCCUGCUCCUACCCCAGCAGCCCGACCCCUGACCCCACCAGCUCACCAACCCAGAAACAUGAUGCUGAUGAUGCUCAGCCUGUCGCUGCAUCCUCAGAGGGGGUCAAACACGAGAGGCUAGAGUCCUGGGCACCUCCCCCUGCAGAGCCACAGCCUCCAGAGCCUGCCGGCGCUCCUCCAGACGGACUCUCGUCUGAUACCGGGGCGUCCCAGGGGCGGGCCAGGGGCCGGGAGGUGAGCUGUGAGCGGGACUCCUCCUUCCAGACAAGCGCCCCCCUGGAGGUGCUGCUAAAGGCGAUGGAGCCUGACUUCAGCACGCUAACCCAGCAGCAAAACUCUUUCCAGGCCACAUCCGCUGAGAAACGACGGCACCUUCUUCUCGCUCGGUCCAGUGGAGAUGAAAGUGCCAUGCCCGCUGUGAAUUUCGGACUCCAAACUCAAUCGGCCCACAUGCAGACUUACUACGUGGACAAACAGGGGAACUACAUCGGCAUCACAUCCGCUUUACCGAGGAACAUGCAGCCUUCUACCCAGCCGGCUCCCUUGCAGAGUCCACAGCACUUCGUAACCUCUGUGACCGGUCGUGACAAGCCCAGCUUGCACAUGAGCUUCAGUGCCGGGCCUUCUUCCUCCACGCUCAGCCACGCUCCGGUCCAGUCUGGCUCCAGCACUUUACCUCAGAGCCAACCGCCCGUCGUGCACACGUGCCAGUCCCUGUCCGCCAGCGUCCCGAGCACCAUCCAGGUCCCCGUCACGCCAGGCUACAACACGGUCCAGAUGGCAACUGUCGUCAACUUUGGGCCGGACCAGAUGUGUAGCAUCUCCACGAAAGACCACAAGCCCAAGAAGCAGGGAAAGUACGUGUGCGAGUACUGCAGUCGGGCAUGCGCCAAACCCAGCGUGCUUCUCAAGCACAUCCGCUCUCACACAGGAGAGAGACCCUACCCCUGUGUGACAUGCGGCUUCUCCUUCAAGACCAAGAGCAACUUGUACAAGCAUAAGAAGUCCCACGCCCACGCAAUAAAGCUGGGCCUCGUGGCUCGCUCGGACUCCGGAAGCGGGUCCCUCUCGCAGGAGUCUGACAAAGUGCUGGGAGCUCAUUCAGACGUAGAGGAGAGUGGAGACAGCGAUGAGGAAAGCAGCACCGCAGACCUGGACCCUGACUCCUCCCAGAGCAGCGUCACCGCUCUGUCCGAGAGCAGCCUCCAGAGUGCAGGGACAACACAAGGCAGCCAUUGGGAAGGAGAGCCCGCCAACGUUUUUGAGGCUCUUAAAGCGGUGUCCAGUCAGAGAGGCUACGAGCCCAAAGGAACGUCCACCCUUCCCAAAGUGGUUGUGUACCCCGUCAGCGUGUCCCCGCUGCGAGCAGACAGCCCCAGGGUCUCCGAGUCAGCUCCGGAACAGGCCGCCGUCCAGAGGCAACGAGACUUCCAGACCGCCAACCUGAGGUCCAAUUCCACUUUCCUGUCCUCCCUGAGGGAGGUGGACUGCUCCAACCCUCUGCAGGACGACCUGGUGGAGGAGGACGACCCGCAGUGCAAGUCUCCUCUCGGAGGUGGACAUGCUCAGCUCCAGAGGCAGCAAGCGACGGACUUCUCCCAGCAGCAGCAGGGCAAAUGCCUUCUCAGUCCUCGCAGCCUGGGCAGUACAGACUCUGGCUACUUCUCGCGCUCUGAAAGUGCUGACCAGGCCUUGAGCCCCCCAAGCCCCUUCGUGAAGAUAACCCCGCCAACAGACAUGGACGUGUCCAAAAACGCUCUUCCCAGUCUCCCUGUUGUGGUUUCCACAGUGAUGCAUGUGACCGCAGAGGAGAAGACAUGCGUGGGACUAGGACAGAUGCGUCCCCCUCUAGAGACGAAAGCUCUGUCUCUGGAGGAGCGGAUAUCAAAGUUGAUAUCUGACAAUGAGGCAGUGGUUGACAACAAACAGUUGGACAGCGUCAAACCCAGAAGAACGUCUCUUUCCAGGAGAGGCAGUAUCGACUCCCCCAAGUCCUACAUAUUUAAAGACUCUUUUCAGUUUGAUCUGAAACCGAUGGGACGAAGAUCAAGUUCCAGCUCAGACAUACCCAAGUCCCCGUACACGCCCACAGACAAGUCCAAACCAGUAUUUCUCCUCUCCGUUCCUCCUCAGUAUCCACCAAUGGACUGUUUACCAAUAACAAGAAGCAACUCCAUGCCCACAACACCGGGGCACUCAACCCUGCCUCCCAAUGUUGCCCCUCAACCACACCCACUACGGAUCUGUCAGUCAUUUGAUGACAAAAUUAGCUCUUUGAAUGACGAUGUAUUUUCUUCUGCCCCCUCUACCCCAAACCCAGCUAUACAUCCUCGGACUCUUGUAAGGCAAAUAGCAGUGGAGGAUUCCUCCACAAGCGACGGGCACAGCCUUCCCUCGGUGCGCUCCAUGGAUGAAGGGUACCAUGGAUCUGGCAUGUCCAUAGAGGUCAUACAAAGAAGCAGAUCUUUUGAGCAUGCUCUGGACCGCAGCCGAAAGCCCCAGCAGGGGAAAGGCACCAUGUACGAGUGUGAAACCUGCCGCAACAGGUACAGGAAACUGGAAAACUUUGAAAACCACAAGAAAUUCUACUGCUCCGAACUCCACGGCCCAAAAAACAAGCCCGUAACUGCUAGUCACCCUGAGAAUGACGUGUUUCAGACCAAUAUGCAGCAGCCCAUGGCCCCCAGAACAACUGGUAUUCCGGGAAUCCUAGAAAACCAGACUUCCAUUCGAAAAAGGAGAAAAAUGAAGAGUGUUGGUGAUGAUGACGACCAGUCCCCAACUGACACCACUCCUCCGUGUCCUGCUAGUUUGGACUCCUGCCAGCCACCAACAGCCAUAGCAGGUCGGUUCUCUCAGCAUGCUGUCAUGGUUGAUCUGCAGCCACAGAGCAACCCAACACAGGUACCUCACAUUCAGCUCGUAGCCCGAGGCACAGACACCUCAGAAUCCCGGCUUUCGCCUAUAAGAGAGGCCCAGAUGAGACCUGGUAAAGAGGGUGGGGAGCUGCAGAGACAAGGCAGUGGGACGUCCGUCAUCAGACACACCAACUCCCUCAGCAGACCCAGUUCGUUUGAAACAUCGGAAUCUAUCGACAGAGCUUCACCUGUUGAUUUCGUUGAAAAGGACUCCAAAAACCUAGUAAAGACCAGCGCAGAAAUUUCAUUGGAGAGCUACCACGAGAAGAUGUCCAUUCCUAAGUGUGCCGACCAUGGAAAACAAGGAACGGAAGGUGUUGAUGGCAGAGUGGCAGCAACCAGAGAGAUCUCUUCUCCCGCACAGCAGUCUCGCCUGGUUCGCCAGAACAACAUUCAGGUUCCUGAGAUCCUUGUCACCGAGGAGCCUGACCGGGACCAUGAAGCCCAGAUUACGGAGGCAGUAGAGAAACCAGGAGACACGUUCAACUGGCCUCAGAGGAGUGAAAGUCUGUCAAAGCUUCCCGCCGAGAAGCUUCCACCGAAAAAGAAAAGGAUUCGUUUAGCGCAGAUGGACCACUCGUCAGGAGAAUCCAGCUUGGAGUCGUCUCUGUCUCGGAGCCUAAGCAGGGACAGUAGCCUGUCCAGGUGCUCCAGUAUUUCAGCCUCUUUUGACAGAGACGAACCCACGAGGUCAGAGAGCCCCUCCAGAGUUGAGACUGUCAGCAAAACCGCGGAGCCUCAAGGGUUACCCACAGAUUUUAACACCCUCGGGGUUCCUGGUGUGAUGAGGCGCGCAGCGUCGGAGCAGAUCAGCUGCACUCAGCCCUCAGUGGAGGUCUCAUGCGACUACCGCAGUAAAUCCUUUGAUUAUGGCAGCGUCUCUCCUAGUAGGUCGCUGUCACCAAUGGAACAACUGAACUCUGUCCAGAUCUCCCAGGUUUCACAGAUCCCUCUUAUCGAGAGGAGAAGAGGCCCUUUAGGGCGCCAGAUGUCUCUGAAGCUGGGCCCGGAGAGCCAGCAACACACCAGGAAGCAGACCAUUCCCCUGGAGAGGCUCACUAUUUCAUGUGUGACUCCUCUAUCUCACCAAUGGGUUCAUCAGAUUGCCAAGAAGCACACCAUUGCUCAACCUUUUACUUUGCAUUCUGGAGAUGCACUGUUGCAAAAGAAUGGACAAAUGGUGCAAAGCAUUAACUUGGGAAGCCAAACCCUACAGCCUCAAGUCCAUGGCCUUCCUCAUCCAUGGCAUCAGAUAUCUAAGGUUCAGUCAGUCCAACUUUCACAGCAACCUCCGGCCAACAUCUUAGUGGUCCAAGUAGAUCCUCAGAACAAGCAUUCUGACCCCAAGGAGAAGAAAAGCUUUGUGCCGAAAUACCAACUACAGUGUCCUGCUUUGAGAACUUGCCAAACGUACUGUUUCUCCAGCACACCAGCGACUCAGAUAGCUUUGCCAGUCUUAACCAUACCCGGUGCCAAUCAGAUCUUGAGUAUUUCAAAGUCUUCAGAUGUACUCCACAAUGUUUAUAUUGCUCAGCAGAGCCAUCAGGUUGCCGGGUCCAUUGUCCUUCCAGUGGGUCCGCAUAGUGACCAGAGCCAGACAGGGCCUGUCCCACUGCCACAAAUCCUGAUAACUCAAGAACAGAAUAGUUGCACCCCCACUGUUGUCGGUAAGGGCAGCCUCUCAACUUUACACAGUCUAGAUGGUGACAUACAGAGUGUCCCAGUCAUCAGUAAAGACAGGCCUCAACCUUCAGCUUUUCCUCAAGUAAAACACAGUAUCGUUUUCAACAUCCAGAACCAAACUACGGAAAAACAAAGACAGCCCUCGCAUGGAUCUCUUCACUGCACCCAGAAGCUGCCGUCUGUGACCCUCCUCCCUCACCAAGAGCCCACUUCCUCCAGCAAGAGAAUGCUGUCACCUGCCAACAGCCUGGACAUCGCCAUGGAGAAGCACCAGAAGAGAGUCAAGGAUGAACAUGGUGCCGCUUGUCUCACCGACGGCAGGUCGGUAAAUUAUCUAAACUCAAAGAUGGCCGAGGUCACAAGACAGCGAAAGUUGAUGCUUGUCAGACAGGUGUGCACUACUGAGCCAGUAGACAGUCCGAUAGAGACUGAGGCCCCGCCUCUGCAGCACGAGAAGACAGACGACGAGGCAGAGCCUCAAGAGACGGCAGAUGACAGCAAGCCGAUGUCUCCAGACAGCAUUGGGCCAGGGAAUGAACCAUGUCCAGACAGCACUGGGCCAGGGAAUCAACCACCCACCGUAAGUUCUCAGGAGCAGUCAAGCACCUCUCCAAGUAUCCAGGGAUCGCCCAUGUCCACCAAGGCUUGUCUGAAACCCCAGGACAGGAGUGAGGAGCAGAGAUGGACGCCGUCAAAGUCGCCCAUAAGACCGCUGACCUUCCAUGGUCAGGUGAAACUGGCCUCGUCUGUGUCUGUAGUCAACACAAGAGACAGCCACAGGCUGUCCUUCCCAAGCCUAAAAACAGCCACCACCUUCACCUGGUGUUACCUGAUGAAGAGGAGGCCUCUCCACGUUCCUCAGACAGACCAGAAGAUCUCGGCCUACUCCUCCUGGGCUGUCAACCCCAACAACCCCAACCCGCUGGGCUUGCCCACCAAGGUGUUGAUGUCUCUCUUUGACUCAAAGCAGAAGUCCAAAACAAUUCACUACACCCCAGCAAUUACCACCAGCGUCAAGUCAGACAUCCUGUCCUAUUCCAGCUCUCUUAAAGACAUCAUGCCGAAGGUCCUUCUCUCUCAGAAAUCAGUAACUUCUGAGAAAAAAAACAAAGGACAGACUGAAACUCAGCCAAGUUGCGAGUCGGACAAGGAUCAGUCUGCAUUGAAAACGGAGCCAAGACGUGUGAAAAUAUUUGACGGAGGGUUCAAAUCUAAUGAGGAUUACGUGUAUGUGCGUGGACGAGGUCGGGGUAAAUACAUCUGUGAGGAGUGUGGAAUCCGCUGUAAAAAACCGAGCAUGCUGCGCAAACACAUUCGCACCCACUCUGAUGUCCGGCCCUACCACUGCACACACUGCAACUUCUCCUUCAAGACCAAAGGAAAUCUGACCAAGCACAUGAAGUCCAAGGCCCACAGUAAGAAGUGCUUGGAGAUGGGGGUGUCUGUGUCUCUGGACGACCAGGACGCUGACGACUCAGGAGACCGUUGCCACGGCGGCAGCGCAGACCGUCCCGACUCGGACGGGGACGACUCGGACGGCCCCGACGACGAGGACGACAACGAGGAGGAGGAGGAGGACAGCCAGGCGGAGUCGGGCUUGUCCACCAACCCCUCUGUGUCCGCCAGCCCCCAGCACUUCCCCUCCAACCACGAGGGCGCCCCUAGCGCCCUCCUGGCCCAGAUGUCCAUCAGCCCAGCCCCGCUCCCCCAGCCCCCUGCCUCCGACCUCCACCCCUCUGACUCUGUGCCCAUGAUGAGCCCCGUGUCCCUGUGCAGGCAGAUGUCCAUCACCGGAGCCUGCUCCACCCCCCUGACCUACUCCCCCCCUCCUGCAGCCCCCGGCCUCCCCUACGACUCCCACACCUCAGACACAGAGUCCGUCCACAUGAUGAGUCCUCUCUCGCCGUGCAGGCAGAUGUCCAUAGACUACCCAGACUUUGAGGUGCCCCCUAGUCCUCCCCCCCUGGCCCGGGGCUCCAAGCUCUGCCAGGCUCGCUCCCCGGGCUCCUCCACUCUGCCUGCAGGCGAGGCGGGUGUCCCGGUCGACCGGGGCACCCAAACAGCCUCCUUCGCCCCCCAGAGCACCCUGCACUUUCCCUCCAGUGGCCUGGGCCACAACCUAUGCGCUGGGAGCAAGACCCAGACUCACCUCUUCAGCCACCUGCCCCUGCACUCCCAGCAGCCCUGCCAGGCCCCCUACAGCAUGAUCCCAGUGGGGGGCAUCCAGCUGGUGCCAGCUGGGCUGGCAGCCUACUCCACCUUCUUCCCCAUCCAGGCGGGGCCUGUCCAGCUCACCAUCCCAGCCAUGAGUGUCCUCCACCGCAACUCCAGCCCCCUGCUGGGCCCCAGCUCCUCCCCCCAGCCCGAAGGUUCCUCCAGCCAGCCCCUGGUGGUGCAGGAGCCCCUGAGUAGUGUCCUGCCCUGCUUCCCCCUGGGCCAGGUCACAGGCUUGCAGGCCCAGACUUUGCAGCCGCUCAACGUCAUGGGCUUGACCAACACAGGCCUGGCCUCCACCCAGCUGCUCUCCCAGCAGGGCCUCGCCCUCAACGCUGCCCUGGGGCUGCAGGUCCUGGCCACCAGCCCCUCCUCCCAGAGCUCCCCCCAGGCUCACAUCCCCGGCCUGCAGAUCCUCAACAUCGCCCUGCCAGCCCUCAUCCCUGCCCUCAGCCCCCUCUCCGCCCUCAGCCCCCUGGCCGCCAUCAGCCCGCUCCCUGGAGCCUCAGAGAGGCAGAGCAGCCCGCAGGCUCCGGACUGGCCCCGGGGGAACUGCCCCUCAACCUCCCCUCCCAGCAGCAGCCCCCCGCUGGUCACUGACCCCCAGACAUCAGGGCCCAGCCCAGGGGAGGGGGAAGCAAGGUCACCACAGGUGGGAGAAGAGAAGGAGGAGGUUAAGUUCACACCAGGUCACUCUGCUACGUCCGGAGCAGAGCUGGGCAGCGCUGAGACGCCCUCAGCAGGGGGUGCUGGUGAGGCACUGCCCCAGAGGCAGGCUAGUGAACUGCUGCCUCAGAGGCAGGCUAGUGAGUUGCUGCCCCAAAGGCAGGUUAGUGAGCUGCUGCCUCAGAGGCAGGCUAGUGAGCUGCUGCCUCAGAGGCAGGCUCAGAGGCAGCCGGUGACUGACGACAGCGAGGCGUCCAGCGAUGACGAGGACAGACUGGUCAUUGCCACCUGAAACACCCCAAUCUGAACAAGCUCUUUUUUCUCCUUUUGUAAUGUCACUUUGUAAGAUUAAACACUUCAGGGGAUUGUCUCUCUGCAAACCAACCUGUCAAAGCACAGUUUCUGACAUUCAUAGUGUAUGUGCAAUCAUAAAUGACUAAUUAUUAUGAUGAUGAUUAUGACCAAUCAUUUUAUUUUUACUUUUUGUCAGCAACAGACAAUUUAUUUUUUGUACAUGUUGUAUAGACAAUUGUGCCUUUUUGGAGUUUCUUGUUUAGGACCCUGUAAAUAAAACCUUUUAGAUUCAGUAACUGCUUGUGUUUAUUUCAGUGGAAGUCAAGACACAAGAAAUAGAGGAUAUCAGUUUUAUUUUGAAAAAAAUGUCAUUCGUAAAUUUAUGAAAAAACUAAAUGUUGUACUGGUAAAUGUAUAUUUCUAUGGAUUUGGGGCAAUGUUUCUGUGUACAGAUGUUGUGUUCAACUAUUUAUUAUAUUCCAUCUAGUGCCCGUGAUGAUUCAUGUCCAUAGCUAUGUGUAAUAUGGUUGCUUUACAUUGCGGUAUCAAUAUUAUCAACUGUAUCAGUAAAACUUUGUUUACAAAC